GGACUACAAAAUUAGACUAUAGCAUUGUACCAGCGGGCGUGGAAAGGACUCGGAAUGCUAUAAAACCUGUUGGUUUCAAAUAUAUCAAAGAUGUUAUUGUUUUAUCCAUGAAGCUCAUAAAGCUUGGCAGUGCAGGCCAAAGAACCGACGAUUGCUUCCAUAUUUUGCUCUCAAGAGCAUUAUCAUCUGUUAAAAACCGAACUAAUCUCCACAAAGUUCAUUCUCUCAUAGUAAUUUCAGGCCAGCACCAAUCAACAUUCUUCUGUGGAAAACUCAUUUCAAAGUACUCCGAGUUCAAAGACCCUGCUUCUUCAUUAUCCAUUUUCCGCAUAAAUUCACCUACCCAUAAUGUUUACUUAUGGAAUACUAUCAUUAGAGCCAUGACCCAUAAUGGGUUAUUCUCUAAAGCAUUAGACUUUUAUACCCAAAUGAGAAAAUUAAAUGUUAAGCCGGAUAAUUAUACUUUUCCUUCGAUUAUUAACUCGUGUGGCAAUUUACUGGAUCUUAAAAUGGCUGAAAUUGUUCAUGAUGUUUUGGAGAUGGGUUUUGGAUCAGAUUUGUAUAUAUGUAAUGCUUUGAUUGAUAUGUAUGCGCGGAUGAAGGAACUAGGGAGAGCUCGUGAGGUGUUUGAUAAAAUGCCUCAUAGAGAUGUGGUUUCUUGGAAUAGUUUGAUUUCGGGGUAUAAUGCGAAUGGGUGUUGGGAAGAGGCGGUGGAAGCUUUUCGGGAGGGAAGGUUACUGGGUGUUGUGGCUGAUACUUUUACCGUGUCUAGUGUUUUACCUGCAUGUGGGGGUUUGAUGGAGGUUGAACAGGGUCAGACAGUUCAUGGGUUGGUGGAGAAGAGUGGAUUUAAGGGAGAUACGACUGUGAGUAACGGACUUCUUUCGAUGUACUUUAAGUUUGAGAGGCUGUUGGACUGUCAGCGAAUCUUUGAUGAGAUGAUAGUUAGAGAUACUGUCACUUGGAAUAUCAUUAUUUGUGGGUUUUCUCGCUCCGGGUUGCAUCAGGAGUCCAUCAACUUGUUUCGAGAAAUGGUUUGUGAGUAUCAGCCGGAUCUGGUUACAAUUACUUCUGUUUUACAAGCUUGUGGACAUUUGGGGGAUUUAAGAUUCGGAAGAUAUGUUCAUGACUUUAUUUUGAAACAUAGAUAUGAAUGUGAUACUACUGCUAGCAAUAUCAUAAUUAAUAUGUAUGCAAAAUGUGGUGCUUUAGCAGCUGCAAGGCAAGUAUUUGACACCAUGAAAAGUUGGGAUUUGGUCUCAUGGAACUCAAUGAUUAGUGGCUAUGUUGAAAAUGGUUUUAAUAAGGAAGCAGUAGAUCUGUUUAAGAUAAUGAGGAUAGACGUGCAACCAGAUUCUGUAACCUUUGUGACACUUCUGUCAACCUGUACAAAGUUGAUGGACGUGGAUUUCGCAAGAGAGCUCCACUCUGAUAUAAUUAGGAGAGGAUAUGAUUCCACUCUUAUUGUGGGCAAUGCUCUUCUAGAUGUGUAUGCCAAAUGUGGUAAAAUGGAGCAUUCAGUGUGGCAAUUUGAAAUCAUGAAUACUAGAGAUAUUGUAACGUGGAAUACUAUUAUUGCUGCAUGUGGUCAUUAUGAUGAAAGUUACGUAGGUUUAAAGAUGCUCAGUAGGAUGAGAAUGGAAGGUAUCAUGCCAGAUGUUGCUACCCUUUUAGGUUCGUUGCCUUUGUGUUCCUUGCUUGCUGCCAAAAGACAGGGGAAAGAGCUGCAUGGCUUCAUUAUCAGGCUCAAUUUUGAGUCACAUGUCCCUGUUGGAAAUGCACUGAUCGAAAUGUACUCCAAAACUGGGAGUUUAAAGAGUGCAAUCUCGGUCUUUGAGCACAUGAGGAUCAAAGACGUGGUGACGUGGACAACAAUGAUCUCUGCAUAUGGAAUGUAUGGCGAAGGAAUGAAAGCUCUCAGAUCUUUUCAACAGAUGAAGGAGAGGGGUACUGUUCCCGAUCAUAUUGUUUUUGUUGCCGUUAUAUAUGCAUGUAGCCAUUCUUGUUUAGUGCAAGAAGGCCGUGCUUGCUUUAACCAAAUGAGAAAAGAAUACAACAUUGAGCCUAGGAUUGAACAUUAUGCUUGCAUGGUUGAUCUUUUAUCACGUUCUGGUCUACUAACUGAAGCAGAGGACUUUAUCCUUUCUAUGCCGCUGCAACCUGAUGCAAGUAUGUGGGGAGCUCUACUUAGUGCUUGUCGAGCUAGUGGAGAUACCAAGACUGCUGAACGUGUUGUAGAACGUCUUGUUGAAUUGAACUCUGACGAUCCUGGGUAUAAUGUUUUAGCUUCCAACGUAUAUGCCACCUUAGGGAAGUGGGACCAAGUAAGAACAAUACGAAAAUCCUUGAAAGCUAGAGGACUCAAAAAAGACCCAGGAUGUAGUUGGGUUGAAAUUCGCAGCAGAGUUUUUAUUUUUGGCACUGGGGAUAGGUCUUUUCAACAAUACAAACAAGUCAAUGAGCUCAUAGAGGACCUCAACAGUGCAAUGGAUAAGGAAGGUUAUGUUGCUGACUUAAAAUUUGUUUUGCAUGAUGUCGGUGAAGAUGAGAAGAUAAAUUUUCUUUGUGGGCAUAGUGAAAGACUUGCUAUAGCAUUUGGAUUAUUGAACACAAAAGAAGGUUCACCUUUGCAAGUAAUGAAGAAUCUCCGGGUUUGUGGGGAUUGCCACACUUGGACCAAGUAUGUGUCAAAAAUUGUGCAGAGGGAAAUACUAGUUAGAGAUGCAAAUCGCUUUCACUUGUUCAAGGAUGGGACAUGUAGCUGCAGAGACUACUGGUGAUUAAAGUCUGUCGUCCUUCCUCAUACUUAGCAGAUAAAAAGAUUCCUAAAAUUGAAGAAAUUAAGGAUUUAUCAUUUGGAAACAAUCUGGAGGUGAAAUAUCUCUCUGCUUGCUAGAUUUGUGAGGUUUCAAGCUAUAUCUCCUGUACUAUUACGUUUCUACCUUACGUUGCAGGACUGGUGCACUAUUCGACUUCAAAAAGAGAUGCAAAAGUAUUAAGGAUCUUCGUAUCUGGGCCUGCUUCUUUCUAGUGGAAUAGCGUACCUACUUUCUCAUUCGGAGGU